AUGAGCGGCGACGUGGGCCUCGAUGAGGCUUUGGAGCUGCUCGACGGAUCCUUGACAAAUCGCAAGAAGGGUCUCGAGGAUCUGACUCGCAUACUGCGUGUCAAUCAGCGCAAUGUCAAUGCUACUUCGCUUGCUGACGAGACAUAUCAGACCAUAUACCAGGUCUUGUUUGAGCUAAUUCGAGCUGACCGAUCGAUUUGGUUGAGCGCAAGCGCAAGAUAUUCUACAACACAAGCAACCACGGCUGAUAGGCUGCUUAAUCUCGCCACUGCCGUUCGUCUCGCUGUGGAGCUUGGCAUCAGGAGUAUCUCAAAGGAGACAAUCUCGUCAAUUAUUAGGCAUGUUCUCGACACGAUCUCAGUAUCCCGGGGUGGUCUCUGCGUUCCACUGGCCCUGGGGUACAUCCGAUGCCUCCGCGCGAUUGCUAGCCGACAGCGUCAUGUCGAACACCUGCUGUCAGCUGAGUGGUCAGCCAUUAUUCAAUUCUGCCUGGAUACACUCAAGGAAGGGCACGAAUAUCAAGGCGACGCUCGAUCUGGCGCUGAGCAGAGGUUGUCUCCCGCUCCGGCCCUUGGACUGAGCCAUCGAUCCUCUCGCUCAGGAACAAAUUCACGAUCUCAGCUAAAGGAAUUCUCUGCCUCACAGGAAUCGCGAGCUGCGACGAAACAGAUUAUGGAUGAGAUAGUGGCAACACUGGCCCUUCUAAGCGCCGUCCCGAACGCACCACUUCCUGGCAAGGCGCAAGCUAUCAUGAAAGCAAUGGUGGACUUUUUGAAAAGCAACCCCAUCUCUCGUGUCAGCCACCAGGACUCAUUUGUUGCGAUCAAUAGUGUGCUCCAGUGGUCAACGACCGAUAACCUUGAUAUCACGAAAGGUAACACUACGCAGCUUCUCCGACUAAUCCAGCACUUCUGGCCAACUCGUGUCGGUGGUCUCCGGGACGAAAUGUUGAUAACACUCAUCUAUCUCCAGCCAUACAUGUCGAGUCUUGCCAGACAAGAGCAGUCUCCCACUAUCUGGAACGAGUUGAGCGGUCUUUUCGAGAUCUUACGAUCUGAAUACAGCAAGCGUGACCAUAAAGAUCGGCUGCGUCUCGACCAUCUGAGGCUCGCAUUCUCAUCAACCAAGAAGUCAGAACAACCGGACAUCGGUAAUACCCUAUUCGCUCUACACUCCGCUGGUGUCACACAAGAGCACUCCUGGGCGGCCGUAAGCAUCCUCGCCACUGUGACUGGGCUUCUUGAACUACAGAGUCCCGAUGGUGAUGAACUAAACAACGAGACCAUCAAGUCCGAGCCUGAGGAUAACAACGACAUCUAUGAAGAAACGGCGAGAAGACCUCGCAAACGCCAACGACUAAACCAUACGAGGAAAGAGAUCCUCGCUGGCGUCAACAUCGGUUCCGUGGGAACCAAGGUCUGCUCUCUGCAAGUCUUGAGCUUUGUUGCACAACAGCAGGCUAUGAACAAUAUACAACUCGGCGCAAUAGUGGAUUGCGUUGCCGAAGUCUGUAAUGAUGCGUCUGCAGAGGUCGUUACCUGGGCGUUCGUCGCACUCUGCAGCUGUGCCCUACAGCAGGUUGCUACUGGGAACAUGAUUGAAGCAAAGUGGCAAGCCGUCUGGACUAUGGCUUGCCGAGCUCUAUCGGACGUGGACAGCUGCCGAGCUGCCAGUCACCUGCUCUGCGUUCUUAUCUACCGACGUGUUGUACCGCAAUCCAGUAUCGCCGAGCUCAUACAGGCGAUCGCCACCUCGAUGGACACGAGUGGACCAAGCAUCGCCGCAGACUCGGUUUUCUGCCUCUUAGAUAUUUUGCUCGAGAGGUCGUGGCGUCUCAAUCCCGGUUCGUCCUCCGCUCUGAAAGAGAGUAUCCUGCAGUGGCUCUCUCGACGUUACACGCCUAGCAUGUUUGAUGACAAGAUUCAGUGCCAUAUCCACUUUCGUACCCAGCCGAGUGAUAUAGUACGUCUGAUCAAUGCUUGUAUCGGUCACAGCUGUCACCGGACAUCUCACAACGAGCUGCGUUGCUGGACCAAAAUUGGGCAGGCGUGGACCGUGUAUCGCACACAGGAUGAGCUGAUAGCAUAUUUGCUUCUGGAAGAUCGAGAUCACGACAGCUGGCUGGCUAACCUUGACGGCAAUUGCAAUGCAACACAGACAUCUUUACAGAUUGGUUCGAUACAGGACGAGUCCAUAGUACUGACACGAUACAUAUCAGAUGUGCAGAAAGCUCAAGAACUGUGGCUCAGAUGGCGCGAUGAUCGCGCUCGUAGCAUUGGCAGCGAUAGGGUCGUCUUCUUGUACCAAGCGAUCUGUACAAUAGCUUUCAGCGUAUACGACAGCGCUUUCCAGGACGAGCGGCGGCAAUUGCAGCUUAAGGAACUCUUGGAGAAGCUAUUGUUUAGCGUCGUAACGUUCUUAUCUACCACGGACUGCACACAAGAGAUUUUCGACAAUGUCAUCACAUCUGCGACUUGCCAUCUUCCAGGCCUGCACGUCAGUGAUACGCGGCCAGCGGCGGUGUCACAAGCGCAGGAUAUGUUAUGCUGCCACUUGUCUCUUGCAAUACAGGGACGUCGGCGUGAGCAAGCAUCGUAUGGCAAAGAGAUUGGGGACAUGGACCUUGAUGACGAAUUUGAAUCUCAGCAUAGUAGAAACCUCGGGGAUGCGGGUAUCAGCUGCGAUGAGCUUGGAAACGAUGCUCAGAUGAAAUACAGCAUCCUGGCGCUGCGAGCCAAUACUGCACUUUAUGCACUCGCAGUCUCCAGCACAGUCUCGUUUCGGCAAGACACAGCGCCGCAAAGCCAAACUCCAGCUCGCAUGGUCGUAGACUAUAUCAAGUCCCUUUCCGCAGCAGACUUGAUAGCAAGCCGAGCGACACUGGCAGUGAUCCUACAGCACGACGUCCCGCUGGAUAAUGAGAUCGCUUACACUCUGCUUGACGACCUUGCCGAUCGCAUUCUCGAGGCGGAGGAGUUCGAUCGCUCGGAGCCAGCUCUCUGCACGAUCUUGACUGUUAUGUCAAGCCUGCUGCCAUUACUCAUCCAGACCGAGCACGAGAAGUUGUUGAGCCUGGGUCAGGAUGCUUACAACUACUUUGUCGAUGCUGUUGAGCACGACAAACUCUCUGCGGAAGGCCAGCGUCAUUUUGCCGCGUACCUGCUGCAGGUAUGCAACAUCGAUGCAGAUUAUGGUAGUGAAGGCGCAGUUCAGUCUGCCCGCACAAGUUUGUUUAAGCUUGUGCAAAAAGGUAAGAUCAGCGUACAAUUCUAUUUGGCAAACAACGUCCACAGCAUCUUCGGACAUUAUGUGCUUUCGGCACACAAUCAGAUCUUCGACGACUUGCAGAAGAACCUGACUGACGAGUUCGCGUGUACCGAGGGAUUGGCAAUACGACUGAUGUACCUUUCGCGACUCGGAGCUGCUUGGCAUACGCUCCUCAGGCAAUGCGUGUAUUACAUAUUUGAGACUGCAGGUCUUGUGAAGAUCGCGGGCUCGUAUGCAGCAAGAUGCAUCUCGGAGCUGACAACCGCCUUGGGCUUCGAUAGCGCUCAGCGUUUGUUCCGCUUGUUCGCCUCGCAAUUGCUAUACACCUGGCUAGCAGGCGAGAAACGUACCCUGAACAGUCUGCCGUACGCAGCCUUCCGGUACGCCAAUCUAGAAGAACUACUGAGAGAUAACGAAGCGGAGGUGACGGCCCAAUUGCUCAUGAGGGGCAGAGACGACGGUCUGCACAUCAUGGCGAAGUGCGUCGGUGUACCACCGAAAGACCUCGCCCUACGAUCUUUUGCGAAAAUUGCCGCUUAUACCAUAGCUUGGGAUAUUACCGAUUCGUCGUCGACGGGUGUCACGAACGCUGCACAAGAAGGCAAGCUUCGACAGCUUGUUGGAGGCAAGGAGACUGAGAUCAGCAUCAUGGCAGAGCAAUUUCCCGUCAUCGUCGGAAACUUUCAUGCUUCCAUGCAGCAAGAGGAUGUGGAGGAUCAGUGGCUAGAGAAGCGAGCCGCUUAUGGUGCAGCAGCGAAAGCACUUGCCAGGAUUAAAUCCCAUAGCUACUCUGCACGGCAGCUUCCUCUCAGUCAACAGCCCUCCUUCAAGAGCAAAUUCUUACCGGAUCAGAUUGAGCGUUUGUGCCGACGUACGGGCCACGAUCCUGUACAACCAUGGGAUGCCUCGUCCUUUGCGCUUGCCGCUCGAAUGCUUAUCGACUCGAUCGACCGCGCACUUGGCCCAUUACACAGCUCGCAAGUACUGCGUAAGCUCAGAAUACUCAUUAGCACGGCUGGCAAUAUUGCAUGCUCAGGCUUUCCACUUCAAAUGCUUUUGCAUUCUAUCCGACCAUUCUUGAGUGAAAGUCAUUGCGCAGACGAUGCCCUUGGCAUACUCAAGUAUCUAUUAGAGCAAGGCCAAUCGUAUCUCGAGACCGAGGACCCGUCGCUUAUGCAUGGAUUCAUCUGUGUCGUGAUACUACAGAUGAGGGCCCAUUCGACCACAAGACAAGACAGCACCACACAGGAGACGCAGCACCGCGAGACUGUACAGAGAAUGGAAGCCUUCCAGGCAUGGCUAGUACAAUAUGUUGCUCGAAGCUCUAUGCAGUCAGGCGCACAUCCAGAUCGCACAUUGUUCGCAAAGAUAUUAGAGACUGUCCAUCUACCCGGUACUGCUCAAAAGGACACUGCUGAAAGUGCUCUAUUACUGGUUCUGCUGCGCCAGCUCUCUCAGAAUGAGCCGCUCAUGGAGAGGUCACGGUGUAUCGAGGCGUUAAGCCUCCUCACGGCCGACUUCGAGGUCCCUAUGUUGAUACAGGAGGACUGCUUGAAUGAUGGCGCUGCUUGCGCUCAAUAUGCAGACAGUCUGUGGCUACUUUCGUCGCUCAGUAAGCCCGGCGCUUCAUUCGCCUCUUGGUCGGGUGGCGUUCUGGGUCGUGCGUAUGCAUACACUGGGGUGCGACGAAUGAACAACAACCGAGACCCGAAGGCUUUGGCCCACGCACAGAAGACGGCGAAGGAACCUACGGCAUCUUCAAGAGCCACAAUCCUACGAAGUUUGACAGAUCUUCUGAUGGCGUCGGAUCGUGCGCAAGCGGGCCUAGCAGACUGGACAUUGCGCACGAUAUCGUCCAACAUUGAGCAUGAUGCUGAGAGGUUAGCUUUCGAAAAGAUGCUGCCCAGAAGUUUGGUUUAUGCAAUCCAACACGGAGCCCCCGGUUACGUGCCGCACACCGCGAGGGCCCAUCUCAACAUUGAGCAGGGUGGGCGAUCAGAACUCAGACUUGCUUUACUAUCACCCAACUCUGUUUCAGACCGCGACUGGUGCGUUGGGCUGGCCUCGGCUCUGUGUAGGCUAGCUUCACAUGUUCCGCUCCUCGCUUCCCUCAACGCACUACUUGCGUCUAUCGCUGGUCUUGCAGAGGGACUACUUCCCAGUAUUGUGCAUCUGGUGCUUGCCGAUGAAAUCGACAGGGAACAGAUCUCAAGGAUCGAGCUUUCAAGCGCGCUCGCACAAGAAUUGGGUCAGCAAGAUGAAGCCUCGCGAUCUCGGCAACGUUUGCUUAUUCGUUUGGUGCUCUAUCUCCGUUGGCAGUCCUGGCCGGGCGAAGCCACAAAAGCUGACCGUAUACAAUGGCUCGAGGUCGACCUGCUAAGUGCCGCGCGCGCUGCAAGUCGAUGCGGCCUGCCCAACGCCGCUCUGUUGCUAGCUGAGUCAAUUCCACCCACUACCAACAACCCCAAAAGAUCAUCCGGUCGGGUGUCGUUAUCACAGCUGCAGCCAGCUGGUAUACCCAACGAAUUGCUAUUGUCCAUCUUCAAGCAGGUCGAGGAGCCAGAUUCCUUCUAUGGCGUGCAACAGACCGCUUCCUUAGGCACAGUCAUCGAAAGGCUGGACUACGAGGGCAACGGCCUGAAUAGCUUGAUGUAUCAAUCAGCACAAAUGGACGGUGCGAUGCGCUCCAUGCAUAGCACUUCGGCCGAUGCCUCGAUGGCCAUGAUGCCAUCGCUGAAUGCAAUGGACUUGCACGGCCUCAGAUACGCUCUCUUAGCUGGACCGCUGGCUAACACGGCAAGCUCGUCGGCGAAGAUGUUCGAUGCUGCCAGGCAGCUUCAACAAUGGGACAUACAGGCGCCUCAAAACGACAGCAACCCUGCUGCUAUUCGCUUCUCUGCGUUCCAAGAGCUUAGCCGCGCAUCGGAUCGAGCUCAAAUCGGUUCAAAGCUCACUACACUUCUGUCCACGCAUGUUCAACAUCAAUUGCUUUCAUCAGCCAAGCUACCUUCAGUUGAAUGGUACAAUACGCUCGCCUCUAUCAGCGGCAUCUUGGACGUUGUCCGUACAUCUGGCGAGCAAGCACUGAAGCUCCGACUCGGUACGCAAGAUGGAGCACAGUACCACAUCGAUAGUGCACGGGUUGAAGGUACCGAUGAGCUAGCAGACGAUCGUGCGACAAUAUGCAGUGUGCUUUCACGGAACCUUGGUCUCCUACGGGACAUGCAUUUCCCUCCAAAAGCUGCGAAGCUCUUUGAGGCUCAGGCCCUGCUUAGUGUCGCUCAGAUGGCGAGGAAGAGCGACAACCUGCAGAAAGCGCUGUCCGCAUCAACACAGCUCACGUUGCUUUCCCAAAAGCAGCAGGAGAGUGGCUUCAGAAUUUCUGCCGCAACAGCUCUCGAGACAUCUUCCGUACUCUGGGCGACGGGCGAACUUGAGGCAUCAGUCAAGAUGCUCAAAGAUGUCCUCGCCAUGAAAGACAGCGAAAGCCAAGAUUUGCCCGUCGGUGAAUCCGGUGUGCUGGCUAUAAUUGCAGGCAGACUUGCAGAGGCUCGACUUGAGCGUCCUGACGAUAUCCUACAAAGCUAUCUGAAGCCAGCUAUCGAGCAGCUCAAAGGCCGUACAGAUGGCAGAGAAGCUGGUAAUGUCUUUCACGCCUUUGCAACCUUUUGUGAUCAGCAAUUGCAGAAUCCGAGCAACAUUGAGGAGUUCAGCCGCAUAUCUAGGAUGCGACAGAAGAAGCUAAAGGACCUGAACGACCUAGAGACGAUCACAAAGAGCUCGCGGAAAUCGAGUAGGGACCUAAAGGAAGCCGAGCAAGCGGAAAGAAAGGCACGGUCCUGGUUCGAGAUGGACGACGAAGAGUAUCAGAAGCUCAGUAACAGCCGCGAUGGCUACAUCCAUCAAAGUCUACAGAAUUAUCUGCGAGCUCUGCAUGCCUCGAACGAGCAUGAUAUUUCGCUCCUUCGAUUCUUCGCCAUGUGGCUGGAGAAUUGUGACUCUCCUCAAGCAAACGAGGUGGUGGCCAGAUAUCUCGGGACGGUCCCGAGCUGGAAGUUUGUUGUGCUGAACAACCAGUUGAUGUCGCGACUGGCUAGUGAGAGGACGCCAUUUCAAACCACCUUGUCUAAGUUGAUCACACGUAUUGGUGUGGACCAUCCUCAUCACAUCGUGCACCACAUCUUCGCUGCGACACGAAAGCCUAAUCACGAUGAUGACCUGGCCGCCAUGUCUCGCUGGAAAGCUGCCCAGAGUAUUAGGCAUCAUCUGGAGCAGAAGACCACGUCGGGCCCAUUGCUCACCAAGGUCUUUAGCGCGAACAAGGACUGCCAGAACCUGGCUUGGGUAUCGGUAGACGGCAUUAACAGCAGCAAAGUCGCAGUCAAGGACUUUCCGGCGGUCAACAGGUUUGUUACCAGAGUGAAGAGCCUCAAUGUACCACCCACGAUCAUCAGCAUACCUUUGCGACCUGAUCGCAAAUACGACAACGUGCCGCUAAUCGCCCACAUGGACCAAGUCAUGGGUAUCUCUGGCGGUAUCAGCAAGCCCAAGUCUCUUGGCCUUCGUGGUACCGACGGCAAGAUAUACAAGCAGUUAUUCAAGAGCAGCAAAAAUGAUGACAUGCGUCAAGAUGCCAUUAUGGAGCAGAUCUUCGAGGAGGCGUCAAAGAUGCUGCGCAAUCACAAGACAACAAGGCAGCGUGAUCUACAUGUCAGGGCUUACAAGGUCAUCCCUCUCGACAAUCACUCAGCAGUGGUGGAGUGGGUACUCAACACCAAGCCGAUAGGCGACUACCUCAAACCUGCGCAUCUGACCUACUAUCCGCAGAGCAUUCGUUCGGACGAGGCUACUCGGAGGGUCCGUACGGUUGAGAAUACGUCCGAGGAGGCACGAGUUAAAGAGUUCCGCAAGAUCUGCGCGCAAACCCCACCUGUACUCCGCCACUUCUUCCUCGAACUAUUUGAUGAUCCAGACGAAUGGUUUGCAAAGCGGACAGCAUAUACAAGAACCACGGCCGCAAUCUCUAUCCUUGGCUGGGUGCUCGGGCUGGGUGAUCGACAUUGCCAGAAUAUUCUCCUCGACGAGCAGACCGGCGAAGCAGUACACAUCGACCUUGGUGUCGCCUUCGAGGCUGGACGAGUACUCCCGAUACCCGAGAAAGUGCCAUUCCGGCUCACGCGGGACAUUGUGGACGCCAUGGGUGUCACGAAGACUGAAGGCGUCUUCCGCCGCUGCUGCGAGUUUACUCUCGAGGCACUACGAGAAGACAAGUCGAGCAUCAUGACUCUUCUCAACGUCCUGCGAUAUGACCCUCUCGUCAACUGGACCGUCUCACCUCUACGAGCGAAGAGGAUGCAAGAAGCGAUGGAGAUGUCGAAGGAUGGGGGUGGCAAUGACGAGGAUGGCAGUUCGAAGUCGCGAGAAGAUGAAGGUGGCGAGGCGGAGCGGGCAUUGACGGUGGUGGAGACGAAGUUGAGCAAGAGUUUAAGCACGUCUGCUACUGUCAACGAACUCAUACAGCAGGCGACGGAUGAGAAGAAUUUGGCGACGCUCUUCGCCGGGUGGUGUGCUUGGUUUUGA